AGUGAUUUUGGGCCUACACAGUGUGGACCUGCAGAGGAAAUCUACAUAGAUUACCUUGACAUCAUGCCAGAGACUGAGAUGUCAGAGCCAGAUGAGAUGCAGCUAACGGAUAACAUCGAAAUUCAAUGCACAGAAGAUUUUGACUGUUCCCCAAAAGAAAUUCUUUUGGAACUUGGGAAAAAUAUUAACUACAACUUGAGCUGCAGAUUUAACAUCAACCGAAACAAUGUACUCGAUGGUGCAUUUAGAGCAUUCAACCGGAAAUCAUACAAUCCAUUUAAGAGAAUUUCUGUUAAGUUUUCUGAUGAAACUGGACAUGUUGAGGAAGGAAUAGAUUUGGGAGGUCCAAGACGAGAGCUUUUAAGUCUACUAAUGGAAGACAUUGAGCGCUCCCCGAUGCUGACAGGUCCAGAUGGACAAAAAAACCUUGCUCUUGACUCGAUUGCUGUCAGAGAAGACAAGUACUAUAUCAUGGGGAAGGCUAUAUCAGUCAGUAUGGUUCAUGGGGGGCCAUCACCGGGAUUCUUUUCUCCCACUUUAUUUGAUUGCAUUGUGAAAGAUAACGUCUCACCCACCAUCGAUGAUGUGCACGACCUUGACUUGCGAGCUAAAAUCAUACAGGUAUCAGAGGCCAAGUCCAUGGAGGAGUUGCGUUCAGUUGUGUCCAGUCACAGUGACUACCUGUCUAAUGCAGGCUGCCUACGAGCUGUAAAAUGUCUGGAGGACAAAGACCUGCUUUUGCAGGACAUCCUCCAGUUCCAAGUCGUAAACCGACUCCAUGGUCCACUCGAACGGUUCAAGGAAGGCCUGAGGACAUUAGGAUUGUUGGAGGAGGUUGUCAAACAGCCAGAAGCCUUUCGUCCUCUCUUCUGCAGCCCACCACAGACCCUUAGCGCAGAUGGUCUCGAUCACCUGUUUGUCAUCUGUUUUUCCAGUGCAGGAAGUAACAGACGAGUACAGGAAAACAUUGCUGUGGGCUUUUGGAGAGACUACCUUCUAGAUGCAGAGGAAGGUAACUCCCCCUGCUCGUUGGAGGAAAUUCUAAUGUUUGUGACUGGAUGCAGUGCGCUACCUGCCAUUGGCUUGAAGCCGGAACCAUCCAUCGAGUUCCUGCACACUGACGGUCUUUUACCUGGGGACACUCAACAGAGGGCGAAGUUUCCAACGGCAAACACAUGUGUGAACUGCUUGCGUCUACCUUUGCACAAGGAUUACACUGCCUUUAAGUACAAUAUGGACUUUGGUAUUUGCAAUACACAGGGCUUUGGUCAAGAGUAGGGCUUAGAAUGAAAUGGUAUAAGGAAACUGUCAAUAGGCUUUUUGUUUUUUGGUACUGUUCAUCUUUAAUUCACAUUCAAACCAAGUUUUUGUUUCUGAACCUCAAACGUAAUUUACAAUUGUACAAAAAUGUUGUUCAACUAAAUGUGACUGAAGGGUUGUACAAUAAAA